AUGUCACAAAAUGAUAAUAAGAACAUUAUAAAUAACAACACAGAAAGGCACUUACCUUCAGAAAAUCAUUCCUCUGGUUACAAUUCCUCAAAUGUUACAAGUUACAGUCCGGGAAUUCAAAAUGAACAAUUUGUUCAUAGUACACAACAUACUGUGGUCGACAAUUUGUCAAAUACACUUGAACACACUUCAUGUUAUACGAAUAUAGGAGAUCUUGACCAUGUAUACGGUCCACAAACACAAUCAAAACAGUAUAAGUCGGACAUAACAAGCCAAGAUGGCUUAAAAAUCAAUCCAAGCACACGAAAGCAGGACACACAUUCGUAUGAAUAUUACGAUAUAUCGGACAGUAAUGUUAAUCCACAUGCAAUAAAUUACACAAAUAAGAAUCAGAAUAACCACCAGGAUGUUUAUAGUCACAAUCAAACAACAAAUAGGCAAGCAAAUCCUGGUUUAUUCGGGACAGAACGUCAUUCAAAUUCAUUUCCAGAGGCAAACGCUUUUGUUAUGGGAAAUGACGUCGUAACGUCAGAUGAUCACAUGACAAAAUCUAUUGGUUACGGUAUCCAAGGGGCAACAUAUGGGGAACAAGUGCGUGGUUCUGGGCAAUUUGUAAACAACAGCAUAUCAAUCAAAAAUCAUACAGACAGAGUACAUUGGUUUGAUAACGGAGGAAUGAAAAAUCAAAGGCACAAUUAUGAAAACAAUACAAUGCUUUUCAGCCCAUAUAUAUCUUGCAAUAAUAUGAAUCAGAAUUUUAUUUCUGAAAAUAGUAAUACAGAAAGGGAAAAUGGUUUGAGUUUUUCUCAAAAUAGAGCACACAUUUCUCCAACGGUACACUUCAGGGAAAACACUUCAGCUCAGUCUGAAAAUGGAAAUUUUAAUACUUCUCAGGUUCACGGUCAAAGUAUGUUUGCUCAUGGUAACAAUGGUACAUACGGGGGCGAUAAAUCCUAUAACCAGUUAAGAGAGUAUGGAAAUAACACUGUUAAAACUAACAGAAAAUUAAAGGAACCGGAUGUAUUUGACGGGCAAAGGACCGAGUGGCCGGACUAUAAGCCACUUUGA